GCAGUAGGGGCGCUAUAGGCGUCGCCGCCAUCGCCGCCGCGGGACAGGAAUAGCCGCGCCGGGCCGACCAGUGCGAGACGAGCAGCGGCCGGCGCUGGAGCCCGCCCUGUCCGCAGUCAUGAACAGCGCCGGCAGCGAGCGAUGGCGGCCGAUGGCCAUCUCGAACCCGUCGACGCGUCUUCGCGCGGCCAGGGCGAUGCCUGCCUGGGUGCAGGCGCGCAACAACCGCUCGGCGGGGCCGCCGCCUCCGCCGCCACCGCCCGCCACAGAGCCGCCGCCGCUCGACCCGGACUACGAGGUCAUCGAGUUCCCCCAGCAGCAGUACUCCAACACGCCGGCCGCCAAGCCGACAGGAGAGGGCAAGCGAGGAGACGGUCGCCACUGCGACCUGUGCGGCUGUUCGGAACCCACGGUGCGCUGCGAGCAGUGCUCCAGCCAGGUGUUCUGCUACAGCUGCGACGACAUGUACCACAGGCACCCCAAGCGACAGACCCACCACAGGAAGCCGCUGGACCUGAACCGCUUCAACACGUUCCGGCCGCCGCUGCCCCCUAAGGGAGAACACAGCGCCGCCCCCGUGCCGCCCCCACGUCGCAACAAGCGCCCAGGCAGUCGUACCAGCUCACCGUUGCCACACGCAGUGCACCAGGGCCCACCAUUGCCAAAGAAGGAAUUUUCUAUCAAGGAUAAAAUGGGAAGCCUAAGGAGGAUAAUGAGUACUCGACCUCUUCCUGAAACGCCAAACAACAAAGUUCAAUCGCCGAGCCCGCCGCCGCCGCCGCAGCUGGGCAGCGCGCCGCCCGAGCACGCGCGCCACCCCACGGCGGACCGGCUGGGCGCGCUGCAGCAGCGCUACCGCCAGCACCAGGCGGCCAUGCGCGCCACCACGCCCAACAUCCCGCUCACCGUCGUCGAGAUGAGCUCGGCCGACGACCGCGACCACGCCUCCUCCAGGGGCCGGCAGUCGCGCAGCUCCAGCUUCCAGGCGCCCGCGCACGCCUUCAAGGAGCCGCAGCUGCCACCGAGCCGGGACAGCGGGUACCCGGAGUGGGAGCCGGACCAGCCGUGGGGGCGCAACCGCUCGUCGAGCGUGUCGGGCUCAGAGGCGUCGCCCCGCGGCCUCGGCGCCGCCCACGGCCACGGCCACGGCCAGCUGCGCGACGUGUCGGGCUUCGCGACGACCGCCCGCAGCCCGCGGCGCGCCUCCGGGCUGCACUCGCCGCCCGCGCCGCCCACGCCGCCGGACGGCCGCCGCGCCAACGGCUUCUUCGGCCGCAGCCUCGUCUCCAGCUCCUCCGUGUCGGACCUGCAGGGCAUGGCCAGCCCGCUGCCGCACCAGCACCCGCCAGCUUUCCAUACCAUGCACCAGGCACAGUCGAUGGCGCAGCUCAACUGCCCGAGCUGCCACGGGCACGGCGUGAUGUGGAUGCCGCCGCCGCAGCAGCACGUGAUGCCGCCGCCAGGGCCCUGGAUGGACCCGUCCGUAGGAGGCUUCCAGCACGGGCGCACGGCCAGCAACCAGAGCCUGCACCAGGCCUUCGACAGCGGCGGGGGCGGCGGCGGGUUCGCACCGUGGGGCGGCACGUGGCAUCCCGGGCCGUACCCCGCGGCCGCGCUGCAGAUGCAGAUGCAGCUGCAGCCGCCGCCGCCGCCCCUCACCGACAGCGACGAGGAGGAGGAGGGGCACCGCCACCGCGACAGCCACGACCGCGGGCGCCCGCCCCCGCGAGCCGAGGACGCCGCCGACGGCAGCGCGGAAGAGCGCGAGGACGACGAGGGGGACGGCGAGUGCCCGCGCGGCUCCGGGUCGCCGUCACCGUCGCCGCCCCCCGCCCCCAAGCCGGUGGUGCCGCGCCACGAGUGGGCGUGCGAGCACUGCACGUACGUGAACCGCGCGGGCACGCGCGUCUGCGCCGUCUGCUGCCGCACGCCGUCCGACAUGUCGCACACGCCUCCGCCGCCCCCGCAGCGGCGGGCGCCCGCCACGGACCGCGCGCGCACCAGGGCCGCCCCAGCCUCCUCCAAGCGCCACCUGCGGCCCAGCGACCGCUCCGACAGCGACGACACCGCCGCCGUCGCCGCCAAAUUCGGCAAACACCUGCGCAUCUCUUCCUCGUCUUCUUCGCCGCAGACCGGGAAGCGAGCGACCGCUGCCGAGUCGCGAGAGACGCGCAGGGCCUCGCAGGUCGAGACCGGCAAGGAGAAAGACCGCGACAAGAAGAAAGGAAAAGAGAGGCUAUCAGAAGAAGUGCCGAAGACGUCGGAAACGUCGCAUAAACAAUCUCGCCAGGGAGAACAGAGUGACAGUGUGUCUGAAACUAAAUCUUUCCCGUCUUCCUUUUCUGACACGCAGACUGCUACCACCUCAGCAGCGACUUCCACUAACCGCAAAAAAGUGACGACGGGCACCAACACCUCUUCCGACAUCGUCGACCAUUCCUCGCUGUCCGUGUCGACGUCUUCAGUCUCUCCCCUCCCCCCUGCACUUUCUAGCGACGCCGAAGUUUCUCCCAGGCCCGACGAGCAAGCAGCAGACGUGGAAAUGGCGGAAGCGCCUCCGCAGAAGCCUUCCAAGGUGUCGACAGCAGUGGGCACCUCUCCCCCGAGGGCAGUGCCACCUGCGGCGCCAGCCCCAACUUCCUCCGUGCAGACGGCGACUGCGCCAGCCCCGGAGGUCUCCGCUUCCAAGUCUGGCAAAAUGGUGACGUCGACGGGAACUUCACCUCCUCCGCAGAGCAUCUCCACUCAGACGUACGAUGUAGGUCAGAGUGUGGCCGUAACAGAGGGCAAACAGCUGACAGUUAAGAGCGAUAUCCUGUCUCCACGGAAGCUGAGGCGAGCCGCCUCUCUGCACAUGGCCACGCAGACCGCCGAAGGUCUUGACCCGUGGAUCGGCAACCUCCAGAGGUCUGUGAGCCGGCACUCAGUAACCAGUGACACGCAGAGCCUGCCUCCAGGGGUGUCCCGGGAGUCGUCUCCCCCGCUGCGCUAUAGCGGCCGCUAUAUGGACGAUGACUUGCCACUGUACCCGGAGUACGGGGGUUCGGCGUUUUACCGGCCGCAGCUGCCUCCAAUGGCCUCGACGCACCGCAGCCAGUUCGACUUGCACCGCGCUAGUCAGCAGUGGGACAUGAGGAGGCGGUCGUACGCGGAGCCUCCUCUGGGACUAGGGGCCAGCACGCUACUGAGGCAGGCAGAUUUCGCGGAUCAGCGAAAUGGAUUGCACGGAGGCAGAGCGCUGUCACAACCGCCGGAGAAGCCAGUGGGCGCUGGCUACGCAGACAAGAUCACAGGCCUCACAGAACUCGUCCAGAAGCAGCGCACUGAAGCCAUGAAGAAUGAAGGCCUCGAGCUCGUCAAAUUACUCAGGGAAGCAGAGAUGCAUAACUUUACAACAGAAGAUCUCCAAGUGGCUAUGGAACACUGUGGUGAGAAAAAUCCAGUUACAUGGUUGCGUGAUAACUGGCGCAAUAUGAUUGAUACUGUAGUAACUCUGGCCACUAACUACGGGCAUGAGAGACAUGAAAAUAAUAUUGGAACAAUAUCAGCUGCUGAAGCUCGUGAUGCAUUACGAAUACAUCGAGGAAAUGUGUGGGCAGCUGUUACUGAGUGUGUAGAGCAGCGCCAGAAGAAGUAUGCGGAGCUGAUGGCACGUGGAAAUUUUACUAGGGAGGAUAUUGUAACUGUUCUAACAGCCAAUCAUGGAAAUCUAGAGGCUGCCUAUUUAGAACUUAGUAAGACACAACUGAAACCUUUCUUGAUGAGAAUUUGGGGGCCACCUGUAGGAACUGAUAAUGAAAGUGGGAAUGUUGAGGCUAGUAUGAGGGUGCCUGAUAAAAUUCCUGAGCCUGUCCUCAAGACUCACACAACAACUGAUGAAGAUGACAGUGUCUCAAUAACUGACUUUGUUGAUGCAAGGUCUGAAGUUGAUACUGAGGACAUGACUGAUGAAAGUAAAGCGGUGAGUCCAGUCAAUGAUUUAGUCCAUUCAGAGCCUCAUGCAACAUAUGAUGAUACAGUUCAUAAGAUUAGUGCUGUAGCACACAAAGAAAUAAACAAAUCCAUCAAGAGAAAGUCAAAUAAGGAUGAGGACCUAAAUCAGGUAUGUGAGAAAGAUACCCCUAAAGGUAAGAGAGAUCAAAACAUUCCCACCCAAAAUCAAGUGAAUAGAGAGCAGAAUAUAGAAGUAACUUCAACAUUCCAAGACAGUAUAGGAUUAGAACCUCGUAACAAUGUAGAUAACAUUCCACUCACUGCUCAGGAGGAUAACAUGAGCAACACAUUUAUUCAGCUAACAAAUGGUCUGCAAAUUGAAAGGAAUCCUAAUGACAUGCCAUCUCCUUUAUCAGAAGAUAUAAAUAAUAGUGCUGAAAUAUCAGACAUUGAUAUGAGUGCUGCAUAUUUGGAUUCUGAUUAUGAUGAGCAGGAAGUUGAAGAUACUCAAGGAACUAGCAAUAGUGAUAUAUCAGGAACAUAUCCACCACUGGAAGGAAAUGCUUUGACAAGGAUAGAUACAUUACAAAGAGAAAUGAAACAGCUUUCUUCGCUUAUCAACCAGAUGUCUGUGAAUGCCGAGGAUGGUUGUUCAGAAUUGCAGAAAGAAGAACUAGAGCAGUUGUCACUAUUGGUACGGAAAAUGUCUCGGUAUGCUGAACAAAAUAACACAGAGUCGGACAUGCUUCAGAGGGAUUUACAGCAACUGACAUCUAUAGUACAGCAGAUGACACAAAACACAACUGAUUAUGAUGAAGAAUCAAGUGAUGGUUUUGAAGACGAAGAAGAGGAGGAGGUUGAUGUGGAGGAGUUUGAAGAGAAAGGAGAUGAGGAUGAGGAUGAGGAUGAGGAUGAGGAUGAGGAAGAGAUAGAGGGAGAGGAAAAAUUUGAUUAUGAAAUAAGAGCACAACAGAUAGAGAGGGAUAACAAAAAUGAAACUGGUGUGUUCAAACAUUACUCCCAGGAAGAAUCAAAUAAUAAGGCUCUCAACGAUGUAUCUCAACAUACCAAACAUCAAAUAUCAAACAAUCCACAUUUAAGGGCUGAGAAUGUCAGUAAAAAGCAAGAAGUUACUUCAAGGUCAGAUGUAUUGGAUCAAAGAAUAGCAUCUGAAAAUUUAGUUGGUGUAAAUAUGAGCCAUAUCACAACAAAACCAAAUGAUAGAUAUGCAAAAGAAACAGAAACGAGUGGUGGGUUUCCAGAAAAUAUUGCCAUAUUGAAUGAUGUUGGUAAGAAACCUGAGUCGCCUUUUGUAUUGGAGAAAGAAGAAGUUAAAGUAUUAGUAGAACAAACUAAAAAUGUAGACCAAAAUGAUAAUGACAAUGUUAACAAAUCAGAUUUGAGACAGUGCAGUGAAGAUGGGAAAAGUCAGCCACUGGCAGGCACUGAAUCUAGUACAAACAAUUCUGGGCCUGACAACUCUGUUAGAACAGAAAAGUCCAAUAACAACAGCAGACAAAUGAAUGAAGCAAAACCAAAGCAAGCUGUGAAUGGCAAAAUAGUAUCUAAUGUCAAUGGUAAAGUCAAGAGACAUGAUGAAGUUACAGAAAAAGGAAAAACUACAGCUAACAGAAGUAAUGUUAUCACAGUCAAAGACACAAGCAAAAGCACAGUAAAAAUAAAACCAAAACAGGAGAUAACAACUGGUAAUGAGAAGGAUCACUUACAACUAACUGCACCCAUUACACAGCUAAAGAAAGAACCAAAACAGAGUGACUUAUUUUCACACAGUGAUAAAGAAAGUGACCUACUUAAGGAAGAAAACAAUACAUCUGAAAAUAAUAGCAUUUCUUUUGAAAAACAAAAUACUCAACAGAGCAAGGAAAAUUCAAAUGAAGCACAAUCUAUGUGGGGAGAUACAAUAACUGAAAUAAAUAACAAUUCCUCAGUAAACAAAGAAGCUUUUGAAGAUGUAUCAGUUUGUAACAAGAAUAUAGCUGUUGAGCAGGUGGAAGACAUUACAAAGCAGCAAAAAGCUUCAGAUCCAAAAAUAAUAUCUAUGCUAAACAAAGAUGAAAAUAUGCAAGAUCAAGAAGCACACUUGAAGGAUAUAUCAGGACAUACUCAAACAGAAGCCCUGGAUGAAAAAAAUGCUGUUGCACGCACAAGACAUGAGGCACAGAUACAGGAAAAAGAACAAACUCAACAUAACAAAAUUGUUAAAAGUGAAAACAUUUUGGAAAAUAGUGUGGAUAAACAAGAAAUAGAAGGUGCUCCCACUGAUAUGAGAAAGCCAGAGGAACCAACAAAAGGAGAGAGUAAGCAAGAAACCACUAAUGGUUGUCAGAGGAUAGAGAAAGAUGCAACAAAACCCGUACAUAUGUCAGCAGGAAAAGAAGAAAGUAACAAGACAGCCAAAUUUUCUGUGCCUGCCAGAACUAAAGCAACUGAAAACACAGCAGGAAUAGUAAAUCUGACACGUAAUGAAGAAAUAAACGUAGAGACAGAAAAAACUGAACCAACUCAACAGCAAAAAUUGGAAACAGUGAAAAGCAAAAUACCUCAAAAACAGCCAAAACCACCACAGAGGCCACAGAAAAAUAUAAUAUCAAAACCACCACAAAAACCUGUCAGGUCACAACAGACAUCAGCAAAAACACAAGUACAGACAAAGACUGUCUUGAAACCAGUUAAAAAACUUGCUCCUCAACCAAACAAACCUAAUUCAACUUUGCAGAAACAAGCAAUCAGUGACACACCAUCAAAGGCACAGCAGCAACAGAAGUCUACUGAUGAAGAGCCAAAAGAAAAUGCAAGUUUAUCAGCAAAUACAAUUAAAAUCAUACCAGAAAUAAAAAGUCCUGUUAACAAUCAGAAUUUACAGAAAGUAAAUGUGCAAACACAUACAGCACAAAAGACAGAUAAUGUAAUAUCCUGUGAUAUCAAGAAUGGGAAAUCUCCUGUUAUAAAGAUAUCACUUAAAGAAAUACCAGGAUCUCAGACAUCAGCAAGUAAUGCACUGCAGACUGACACAAAAGAAUCACAAGAAGCUCCUAGAGUUACAAAUCACAGCACUGAUAACUCAGCACAGCUGAUCGAAACAGGUGAUAGAAAACCUGUAACAGAAUCAAAGGAAAUCAAUAAGGAAAUUCAAAACAAGAAAUCCUCCACACAACCAGCAACAAAACAUGAGAACAAAAGCAAAGGAAAGAAACGACCUGCUCCACCUAUUCCUCAGAAGGCACUGCUUCAAGUUCCAUUGCAAAAAGACAGUGCCUCUUCAGCUAACACAAAUGAUAAAGAAAUGCUAAAGACCCCUCAACAGGAAGAGAUCCCUCAGCAGGAAGAAUCUAUUGUAAAUAUGUCUGCUCGGUCUGAUAGCAAUUCUGAACAUGCAAGCAGCAAGUUAGGAGAACACUUACAUUCAGAACAAGAGAAACAUCACAAUGUAAGUGAUCAGCAGCUAAAUGUUGUAAGAACAGAAAAUGGCUCAGGGACAACUGAUGAGUCUAAUGAUGCUAAUGGCACACCUCUAGAUAAAAAUAAACCAGACUCUGAAAAGAAAGUUAUCAGCACAACUUACACUGGGAUAGAAGAACAUUGUUUAAGCAGUGAUGAUGAUGAGUUCAUUACAGACAAUGAAAGUGACAUAGAGAAAACAGAACCAAGAAAGAAUGACAUCCUUGAAGCUCCCCCUUUAAUAGCCUCAAAAGAAAGCCUUUCAAAGCAUGUAGGUGAGACGAUGACAAAUGUUGAUUCAAGUGACAAGGAAACCACUGCCAUUAGCAAUAACAUAAAACUUCAUUCUGGCAAUGAUACAACAGAAACAGAAGAAGAUGAAAAAACACAAGCAGAAAAAGCAAAAAUUAUAGAUAAAUUUGAAUUUGAGCGUCAGGUACGUCGCUGCCUAGCAGAAGGUCUGGUAUCAACAUAUGAGCAAGCUGAAUUGGCAGUGAAGUUGAUGGGGAUGAAAUUUGAACGAGAGGAAGCAUUAACUGCUGCAAAAGAAUGCAGAGAUCUUGAUUCUGCACUAUCAUUUCUACAACAAGAAUGUGAGCUUUGCAUGGGAAAGUAUCCAAUGAAGCAGAUGGUGUCUAUGUUGAAGUGCAUCCAUCGAUGCUGCAAGGAAUGUGCAAAAAAUUACUUCACAAUUCAGGUAACAGAUCGAAGCAUUGCAGAUGCAGUUUGUCCUUUUUGCAAGGAACCAGAAUUGAAUGCUGAUGAUGAAGAGGAAGCAUUGGAAUAUUUCAGUAAUCUUGAUAUUCUCCUUAAAAGUUUCCUUGAUGAACCUGUGCACGAACUUUUUCAGAGAAAGUUACGUGACCGCACUCUAAUGAAGGAUCCAAACUUCAAAUGGUGUGUGAAGUGUUCAUCUGGCUUCAUAGCCAAUCCCCGUCAAAAGCGACUGGUUUGUCCGGACUGUCGAUCUGUAACAUGUGCCUCAUGCAGAAGACCUUGGGAGGUCCAGCAUGAGGGCCUAAGCUGCAAAGAGUUUGCUGAAUGGAAGGAGGCUAAUGACCCAGAGUACCAGGCAGCAGGACUGGCACGCCAUCUGGCAGAGCAUGGAAUUGACUGCCCCAAGUGUCACUUCCGUUUCUCAUUAGCACGUGGUGGAUGCAUGCACUUCACCUGCUCACAGUGCAAGUACGAAUUCUGUUGUGGCUGUGGGAAACCUUUCCUCAUGGGUGCCAAAUGUGGGCUGACUGAAUACUGUGCUAAGCUGGGUCUACAUGCUCAUCAUCCUCGUAACUGCCUGUUUUAUCUUCGCGACAAAGAACCAGGAGAUCUUCAGAAGCUGUUGCAGGAGCACAACUUGGCAUUUGAUACAGAAGUUCCUGAUGUCGUCAAAGAGCAAAUGAAAGACAAUACAGCCCUUAAGUGCCUUGUUCAACUACAGAAAGAAACACCAGGAGGACUUAUUGACACUGUCUGCAAUGGAGAUGUUUCAGAAGGACAGGCAGGAUUGUGCAGGCCGCACUACAUAGAAUAUCUAGUUGGGCUGGUAGUACGCAACAAGGUGGACCCUGUAUCGAUAUUUGAUGUGGUCGACGUGGUGCAAGAACUCCGGCGCAGGGGGAAGCCUCUGCCGCCAAGAGCUGAAGGUGCAACAGACAACCAGUACCGACAACUGUGUGCAAAGAUCAUCCAGGAAGAAAUUCCACUAGAAUGAAGAGAGCAAAUGCUGUUUGCCGGGGACAUGGAUCAAGAAGAGAAGCAGCAUUUGAACAUCAGAGCAACUUUAUACAGUUUUUAUAUUUUAUACAUAGAUGUAGUUUCAUAAAAUUCAGUAUUUGUUAAACUGAGAAGUAUUCAGUGUACGGUACGCUUUCAGAAAACAGUAAAAUAAAAAAUUAAACUUUA